CUCUCUCAUUCCCCCUCUCAAUCUCAAUUUCAUAAACAUCUUCGCCACCUGCUCUCCUUCUUCUUCUUCUUCUUGGGUUCCCGUUCUUUAUCAGAUUAAAGAAGCGAGGGAGAGGGAAAAGAAAAGCCACGAGAAUGACGGGGAAGGAUAUAAUGAUGGUUUCGUCUGGAGAUGAUCAAAAGAAUGUCGUUCCACCAUGGUUGAGGCCGAUCGCGAGCAUCAAGCUCUAUGACUUCUGCGAGACUCAUUCCUCCAAAGAGUGUAAUUUCUACUGUAGAGUCUGUAUGGUCGCUAUGUGCAAAGAGUGCAAGACGCAACACGAUCUUUCCAAGCAUGAGGUCAUGAAGGCAUAUAAAUUUGAUAGAGCGGCGUCGUUUAGAAUGAAGGAUUUGGAGCCGUUGUGGGAUAUUUAUGAUAUAUGUUCGUACAAUAAAAAUGGGUGGCUCGUUGUGGUCAUACACAAAAGGGGAGAUGGGAUCGCCCACUCCCACGGUCAGAGCGAUGCUGGGGAGUGCGAAUGUUGCCAGUACCGGCUCAAGUCGCCGAGCACCAAAUACUGCUCCGUGGAAUGCAAGGUUGAAGCCCUGAUGAAGAUGAAGGAAAGUGAAAGUAUGAAGAACGAAGCAAAGAGAAAGGCAGAGACCAUAUCGGAGGGGAGUUCUAGCAGUGUACAUUCAUUCAGGAAACGAGCAAGAAAGCAGAAAAAUCCGCAGAGAGCUCCAUUGUAUUAGCUGAGGAUUGGCAAUUAGCAAACUUGGUGGAAAUCAGGGUGGGCUACUUCGUUUUGGUACUUAAUGGCUAGUUUUUCUUUUAAUGUUUUUCGUACAUUCUUGAAUAGGGUUCUGGGAAACUCUUAUCUUUCUGUUUUUGCUGUCGGAUCCACCAUGUACGUUAAGCUUACUGUUCUUUACUCCGACGUGAAGUAUAUUGAUGCAACAAUUAUCUCUUUUUC